AUAAAAAACCUCUUCAUGAAAUAAAAUCCCAAAAUAUCGAGACUGCCAGUGACAUCGCCCUGUACUCCGGCCUGGGGGCAGCAGUCAUUGCUGUAGCUGUGCUGGUGGUUGGCGUUACCCUUUACAGACGGAGUCAGAGUGAGUACGGCGUGGAUGUGAUUGAUUCAUCUGCACUGACAGGAGGCUUCCAGACAUUUAAUUUUAAAACAGUCAGACAAGGUAACUCCCUGCUUCUGAACUCCUCCAUGCAGCCUGACCUGACAGUGAGCAGGACGUACAGUGGGCCCAUCUGCCUGCAGGACCCCAUGGACAAGGAGCUCAUGACGGAGUCUUCGCUCUUCAACCCGCUCUCAGACAUCAAAGUCAAAGUGCAGAGUUCAUUCAUGGUGUCCCUCGGGGUGACGGAGAGGGCUGAGUAUCAUGGAAAGGCACAUUCUGGAACUUUUCCUCAUGGGAAUAACAGAGCUUUUGGUACAAUGCAGGCUAGGAACAAGGCUGCGUACAUUCAGAACCUGUCUUCUGUUUCAAUGAGAAGUGAGCUGAAGACAAAUGCUGUUUUUGGACACCUGGGUGGCCGUUUAGUGGUUCCAAACACAGGAGUCAGUCUGUUGAUACCACAUGGAGCUAUUCCUGAGGAGAGUUCGUGGGAAAUCUUCCUGGCCAUCACUCAGAGGGAGUCCAGCCUACAGCCAGAAGGCACAGAUGUUCUCCUAGGACCAGAAGUAACUUGUGGGCCCUCAGAUUUGUCUGUCGGCACUCCGUUUGCCUUGACGAUCCCGCACUGCGCAGAGGUCAAUCCCGAGCACUGGAAUAUUCACUUGAAAAAAAGGACACAGCAAGGAAAAUGGGAGGAAGUGAUGUCUGUGGAAGAGGAAACUACUUCUUGCUACUGCCUGUUGGAUCCUUAUGCCUGUCACAUUCUCUUAAACAGCUUUGGAACUUAUGCUCUUAUUGGAGAACCGAUCUCUGACUGUGCCGUUCGACAGCUGAAAGUAGCGGUUUUUGGCUGCCUGUCUUGCAAUUCUCUGGAUUACAAUCUGAGGGUAUAUUGUAUGGAUAACACACCUUGUGCGUUUCAGGAAGUGGUUUCGGAUGAAAGACUCCAAGGAGGACAAUUACUGGAGGAACCAAAGCUGUUGCAUUUCAGAGGGAAUACCUUCAGUCUUCAGAUCUCUGUCCUUGACAUCCCUCCGUUCCUCUGGAGAAUCAAACCGUUUACAGCAUGUCAGGAGGUGCCGUUCUCCCGCGUGUGGUGCAGCAGCCCGCGGCCGCUGCACUGUGCCUUCUCGCUGGAGCGCUACACGCCCGCCACCGCCCAGCUGUCCUGCAAGAUCUGCGUGCGCCAGGUCAAGGGCCACGAGCAAAUCCUGCAGGUCCAGACAUCCAUCCUAGAGAACGAGAGAGAAACCAUCGCUUUCUUUGCACACGAGGACAGCAACUUCCCUGCACAGAUGGGUCCAAAAGCAUUCAAAAUCCCCUACUCUAUUAGACAGCGAAUCUGCGCGACGUUUGACACACCCAACGCCAAAGGCAAAGACUGGCAGAUGUUAGCACAAAAAACCAGCAUUAACAGGAAUCUCUCCUAUUUUGCCACACAAAGCAGUCCAUCUGCCGUCAUUCUGGACCUCUGGGAAGCCCGGCAUCAACACGAUGGCGACCUUGACUCCCUAGCCUGUGCGCUGGAAGAGAUAGGAAGGACACACUCCAAAAUCUCAGACAUAACAGAAACUGAGAUUGAAGAGCCUGACUUCAACUACAGCAGACAGAAUGGACUUUAG